ACACAAAAAAAUACAUGCUAAGUCGCCAAAGUGGUGAAUGUCGGAGGCGGCAACAUGGUCGUGUGGUCGGAGGAAUUCUCGCCGAGGUUGAAGGUGAAUUUCAGCUACGUACGUCAUGCUGCUGAACGCGCCAAGUUCCACGCUGCAUCGCUCGCGUCAUUUCCCAAGUACAACUGCAUGCGAUCGUACCUUCCUCGAUCACUUCUCCAUCGCCAAGGAAAGCCACACCACAAAUCCAAUGGAACUCGCACUUGUGGCUGUUGUCGUCAUCGCGUCGCUGGGCGCGGCGGCUAGCCGCUGGAAAGCCAACACAAUCAAGGGACGGGUCGCCCUCGUGCACGUGGGCCAGGGAGCCUCGAACGAAUCCAACCCCAUUGACGACACAAGCGAUUGCUACGCCGUGGUGAACACGCCCCGACAAACGUCGUCGUCCCUCGGUUUCUUCAAGUCGCCGCCACCAAACAUUGCCAUGGAAGCUACCAUCUAAGACGGGAGGUGCUGGCGAUGUGUAUUUAUUUCGAUUCCGCGCCAUUUGUGUUGCAAAAGCCGACAUCGUUAGCGGAUCUACACUUUGCAACGUGCUGACACCUGACAACAGAGGUAGCAGACAACUCUUCCUGCUUCAGGGUUCAUUCGAUUGUGUCGAUCUGAGCCGCCAGUCAAAGCAGGGGCGUGUGGU